AUGUAUUUCACGUACUUGCUCGGUGUUCUUAUUAGCUUCUUUUGCCUUCUAUCUUCGUCUAGGGCGCGUGCAGCACCAGGAGGUAGAAAUUACAGCCCUGCGUAUCGCUCGGUAGCAUAUUUCGUCAACUGGGCAAUCUAUGGUCGUAACUUCAACCCUCAAAACCUCACAGCGAGCGAGCUCACCCACGUUCUGUACGCCUUCGCGAACAUUAAUCCAAACACUGGAGAAGUCUACCUCUCCGAUCCCUGGGCUGAUAUUGAGAAGCAUUACUCCACGGAUUCCUGGAAUGACGUCGGAACGAAUGUCUAUGGUUGCGUAAAGCAGCUGGAUCUGCUCAAGAAGCAGAACCGUAAGCUCAAGGUACUCCUGUCAAUAGGCGGAUAUACCUACUCCCCAAACUUCCCCCAAGCAGUGAGCACGCCUCAGGGUCGUCAGAACUUCGCAACAAGCGCAGUCCAAUUGAUCCAAAACCUGGGGUUUGAUGGCCUCGACAUUGACUGGGAAUAUCCGGCAAAUGACACGCAGGCUCAAAACAUGGUGUCUUUACUCCAAGCCAUUCGCACGGAACUAGACAACUAUUCUGCAGCAUAUGCAAACGGCCACCAUUUGUUGCUCUCUGUCGCAUGUCCAGCGGGACCUGCAAAUUACCAGCAGCUGCACGUGGCGGAAAUGGAUCAGUACCUCGACUUCUGGAACUUGAUGGCCUAUGAUUACUCUGGCUCCUGGGACACAAUUGCCGGCCACGAUGCUAACGUUUACGCAUCGAUCUCAAACCCAAAAAGCACACCCUUCAACACGGAUCAGGCUGUCGAAUAUUAUAUAGCUAAUGGGGUUGCUUCUGACAAAUUGGUCCUAGGAAUGCCGCUAUAUGGUCGUAGCUUCGAGAAUACGGAUGGACCAGGUACGCCGUUCAGCGGUGUUGGAUCCGGGAGCUGGGAGAACGGUGUUUGGGACUACAAAGCCUUGCCUCAGCCUGGUGCAUCUAUUCAGAUUGAUGAGCAAGCCAUAGCAAGCUGGAGUUACGACCCUACGCAGCGUCUGAUGAUCUCGUACGAUACGCCGGAUGUCGCAAGCAUGAAGGCUGCAUACAUCAUGUCAAAGGGGCUUGGUGGCGGAAUGUGGUGGGAAAGCAGCGCGGACAAGUCUGGUUGCGAGAGUCUGAUCGGAACGGUUGUCCACUCGUUCGGUGGCGAAGAGGCCCUUGAUCAGAGCCCAAAUCUGCUGAGUUAUCCUCAAUCUGAGUAUGAUAACGUGCGUGCCGGUUUCCCGAAUAACUAG